UUUCCUUUGUCCCGACCUCUGGGGAGAGUGGGGUCACGGCGUCAGACGGACGUGUCGGAAUCGCCAGCGCUCCCUACCGUCCCGAUCCUGGCCGGAGUGAUGGGCGGCGGAUGGGCCAAGGCCCGGGGAGGCUGAGGCUGAGGAGGCAGUUUGGGGCCUGGAGACUGGAGACUGGGGACUGGGUUUUGCUUCCGGGUCGGUGGUGACGGCGCCAUAUUGAUCAGUUGGAGCGCGGAGCGGCAGCCGAGGGUGGUGAGUGAAAAGCUAAAGCUGAACCCUCAACGCGACGCGACGCGACGCGCUCCCCUUGUGCCCCUUCUCCGGGGAGGAUAUGAUCUCACUUUAUGGAGUUUCUCAUCCAUUGAGGUAGAUUGGAAACACUACAACCUUUUAUUUUUCUGUUGGUAACUUUGAAACGUUUAUUGUUGGACCUCUGAGGAUGUGGGACCAAGGUAGUCAACCUUGGCAGCAGUGGCCUUUAAGCCAGCAACAGUGGAUGCAGUCAUUUCAGCAGCAACAGGAUCCAAGUCAGAUUGACUGGGCGGCAUUAGCACAAGCCUGGAUUGCUCAGAGAGAGGCCUCCGAGGAAUCUGCAGCACCGCAACAGCCAGUGAUAAUACCCAAUGGACAGGCGGUACAUGGUAUUGAAAAUAGUCAAGAAAAUCAUGGAAGCUUUCCGGGAGAUCCUAAUUUCAACAGAAUGUGGGAACAGGACUGGGGAAUGCAACAUCAUCGACCACCUCCCCCACCACCAGACCAGCAGUGGAUACCGACCCCAGCUCCCAUGGACAUAGUCCCUCCAUCAGAGGACAAUAGCCAGGACAGUGGUGAGUUUGCUCCAGACUCUAGGCGUAUGUUCAAUCAAGUCAAUAACAACAAUUUUGGAGGAGCACCAGAAAACUUUGGAAUGGGAUCUGUGCCCGUCAGCCAGUUUGAUUAUCAGCAUGGUGCAGCUUUUGGUCCCCCAGGAGGGUUUCAUCCACCUUACUGGCAACCUGGUCCACCGCCGAACCGUAGAGACAGGCCAGCUUACAGGGAUCGUCCACGGUCACCCAUAACAGUAAAACAAGACCCUCCUGCACUCGAUGCUGUGAAACGCAGAACACUGCCAGCUUGGAUUCGCGAGGGUCUGGAGAAGAUGGAGCGGGAGAAGCAGAAAAAGCUUGAGAAAGAACGAUUAGAAAAAGAGCGGGCUCAGUCAUCGAAGCACAAAAAAGACCCCGAAGAUGUGCCUGAAGAAACUGAUGGACCAAGGUUGCCUCACAAAAGUAAAUUUGACAGUGAUGAUGAAGAGGAAUAUGAAACGACUGAAACCAAAAGCAGUGACAAACAAAGCAGGAGUCCUUCACCUGUAGCCCAGGAAGAACAGAGCGAACCUGAAAUGACUGAAGAAGAAAAGGAAUUUCAGAUGAUGAUAAUGAUGAAGAUGCUGCUUACAGAGGUACUUUUGGAAGUAACAAAUGAAGAGAUAUAUUAUGUUGCCAGAGAAGCCCACCGUAAAGCUACUAAAGCUCCUGCAAAACAGCUGGCGCAGUCCAGUGCACUGGCUUCUCUAACUGGACUUGGUGGACUGGGCGGGUAUGGAUCUGACAGUGAAGAUGAGAGAAGUGAGAGAGCCUCUGAAUCCUCAGAUACAGAUGACGAAGAAUUGCACCGUAGAAUCAGACAAAAACAAGAUGCCUUCAGACGCAAAGAAAGGGAAUUACAGCUGUUGCUGCAACAGCAGCAGGAGAAACAAAUGGAAGAUACAAAGCAUCAUCAGGAGGGCAAAGUUUUCAGGGAGGUGGAUACUAAAGAACAGAGCAAAGAACAUGGUGGUGCAGUAAAGCAGGAAGGGAAGGAAAGGGAUUGUGAGACUAUUCCUGAAAAGAAAAGAACUCACAGUGAAACUGAACCCAACUCAGAAGUGGGCAAAAGUUUUAGUGAGAAAGGUUUGAAGGAAAAGGCCCCCAGAAACCGAAGCUCAUCCAGCAGUAGCAGUGUGAGCAGCAGCAGCAGUGGCAGUGGCAGCAGCAGUAGCAGCAGAUCUAGAAGCUCGAGCUCCAGUGCCAGCACAGAGAGCAGCAGUAGCUCAAAUUAUUCCCUUUCACCUAAAAGAAAGAAAAAGUGGAGCCAUAGCAGGUCCCCUUCCCAUAAAACCAGGCGCCGGAGCAGAAGCCAGAGUUACUCCCGCAGGCACAGGAGGGAGAGGAGCAGGAGCCGCGGUCAGCCUAGGAGGAGCAGUCGGACUGGGAGUUGGGAGAAAGAGCGGCAUAGGCACCGCAGUGUGUCCCGGAGCAGAAGGAGUAGGGACAGGCACAGGAGCAGAAGCAAAAGCAAUGCUAAGCGUGUCAGUCGCAGCAGGAGCAAAGAAAGACGGAGGAGUCCCGAAAGGCGCAGGAGCCGUAGUGGAGGCAGAGUGAAGCAAAGGGGCAGCAGUAAAGACAGGGACAGGAAAAAGGUUAGGAGUGGGAGUGCAGAGAGGGUUAAGAAGAGAGAGGAGAAGAAAAGGGAUAGGGAAAAGGAACAGGACAGAAAGAAAGAAAAACAGAAGAGUAAGGAUAAACAGAAAGAAGAUAAUGACAGCCGCAAGUCGAGCAGUCAGGAUGAGAGUAAGCUGAAGCGCAAGAGGGAAUCGGACCGGAUGUACCCAGGUGGUACCUGCAGUAAACUUCCACAGCAGUAUUCUAGGCAGGAUAGCAAAUCCAGCAAGAAAGGAUCUGCAAAGGAUGUCAAAAAGCACUCAGACACUGAAUCUAGUGCAAGGAGCAGCUCUCGUUCUCCAGAUAGCAGGGAGAAGAAGGCAAAGAAAUCAAAACGCAGUCGCUCAAGAUCAGUGGAAAAACCUCAAAGGUCUGGUAAGAAGGCAAGCCGCAAACACAAGUCUAAAUCACGAUCAAGGUCGCGAACACCCCAUAAUCGUAAGCAUUAAGGGGGAAAGCUCCAGCACCCUUGCUGUGAUCAGAAAUUCCAUGAGUUUUGGAGGAUUGUCUCAUUAUAGAGGCAUAUAUGACAACUGUGUAGGUGUUUAUAUGUAUAUAGGUGUAAAUUUUUUCCAAGUGCUGUCUAUAGUUCAGUACUUGCUUAGGGUUUUAUUUGUAUUGCAUUCUUCAGAGAUUAUUCACACUGUAAACAGUUUGCUUUCAGUUGUAACAUUUUAAUAUAAUCUGUAGUCGGCUGUCAAUAAACUUUUCAGGUUGGUUUUGUUAAAACAUUUCCUACUGUUUACUGCUGAUGUUAAUGGCGUUUUAAAAGGUAUGUGAAUCAAAAUCUGAAAGAUAUUGAAUGAAGAGCACUUGAAUGCAAAGCCGUAAUGUCCAUUGUAAGGUUACACAAAAACAAAGAGUCAUUUAGAUUCUGAGACUGGGUUGCGGUCUUCAGUUAAUUCCCACCUGUAAUCUGUGCAUAUGUUUAAAGCUGUAUAUUAAAUUCCUUCAAAUUUUCUCUGGUAUAGAUUAAUGUGGAGUUCUCAUUUAAAAUAACUUGAGGGAAUAAUUUAUAGUCAGAGUUGUAUACAUUUUCAUUAGGAAAAUAACCAAACUUCAGUUCCUUUCUACCAGACUUGCAAGUCACAGCAGUUGCAUUUUUUGGAUGUCAGCUUUUCAAUGAAAUGUUAUUUAAUGUCAAUAAUUGAUACAUUAUUUUUAGUAGGACAAAUUGAGACUUCUCUGCAAGUUAACCUUUUCUGCAGAAGAAUUACAAGUAGCUGUACUUGUAGGAAGGAAGCGGUGUGGAGCCACCUGGAAGUUAGUGGUGUACGGAGUGGAGUAAAGCCCAGUAGAGUUUCAAAUUUGGUGUUUAACUAUGUUUGCCAGAUCCUUUAGCCUUCUUGGGGACUUCCUUGUUUAGUCAGAAUCAGUGACAUACGUUGUGAAGUUUGUUGUUUUGCAGCAACAGUGCAGUGCAAUACAUAAAAUAUACCAUAAAUUGCAAUAAGAAACACUGUAUAUGUUAAAAAUUUAAAUAAGUAGUGCAAAAACAGAGCUAAAAUAGUGAGAGUGUUCAAAAACCAUUGAGAAAUCUGAUGCAGAGGGGAAGAGGCUGUUCAAUGUGUCUUCAGGCUCCUGUACCUCCUACCUGAUGGUAGCAAUGAGAAGAAGGCAUGUCCUGGGUAGUGGGGUUCCUUAAUGAUGGAUGCUACCUUUUUGAGGCAUUGCUUUUUGAAGUUGUCCUCGAUGUCGGGGAGGCCAGUGCCCAUGAUGGAACUGGCUGAGUUUACAACUUACUGCAGCUUUUUCUGAUUCUGUGCAUUGGCCCCUCCAUACCAGACAGUGUUGCAACCAGUCAGAAUGCUCUCCAUGGUACAUUCUGAUUUAAACAGUAAACCUACAGGGAAACAUUUGAUGGAAUGAAACUAUAGAAGCAAGCUACAGAUUGGUUGAAAUAAUAAUUGUAGGAUGUGUGUGUUAUAAUUAACAUGGAAACAAAUGUUUCCAGAAUUCAGUGAGAUGAAGUGAUAUAAUUUCAAAAAGUCCAUCAAUUUCUUUGGUUUUAGUACACUUUGGGGCAAGGUGAAUUCAACAAAUUAUUGAAACUUGAGCCAUCCUUGUCAGUGAAGUACAAGGGUAAAAUAUAUUUUAUCUAUGCAUUGUCACUGAUUUCAGGCCCCUUCAUUGAAUUUUUCAUUAGAUGUAAACUCUUCUGGAAAGGUACAAAUCUUUCAAAAAUUUUCAAUUUUGUUCUACACAUUUGCAUUCCUGAAUUAAACAAUUAUUAAUAAUCUGGUAUUAGUUUUCAAAAAAAGCAAAAUAAUCCAUCUUGAUGCUCAACACCUAAUCUCAAACAAGUAUAUUUACAUCAAUAUUCAGAAUUAAAUGUGAGAUUUUAAUUUGAAAUCCAAACA